AGCGCAUCUUCUCUCAUGCCAUGCCCGCUCUUUUCCUCACACUCUAUUAUGAUACAAGUGCUCGAGUACAAGUACGAGUACUAUCUAUCUAUACAGUACGAGUAGUAGUCUACCUACUGACUUAUGGUACCGACUGACACGGGCUUGUGACACAUUACCUCACCUACCAUCCUCUGUUAUGCAUGUACGGGCACAGCACCAGCACGGGUUCACAUAUCGUUGCUAAUAGUCCAAACUGGACGAAGGCAAAUCUCCAAUCCCAAUCCCAAUCCAUCCCACCUAUUUCCACCCCAACAAUUCCGCAUUACAGAAAACCUGUACUUUACUGUAUCCUCCACAGUGUUAUAUAGCCACCCGCAGCCCACCACACCUGUCCUUCCCCUCUUCUCUCGGCGUUUGUUCGUCUAUUCGUUCGUCUACCCUAUUUGUCUGCCGAGAUUCGGGCACCAUGACGACGAGAACGACAACCCCGUUAUCCUACACCUCGAGCACAACCUACCACACCACAACCCCGGAACCCCAAGGCUUGAGUCCGCCGCCGACAAGACGGCAGCGAAGUCACAGCACGAACAGUCACAAUAGCUGGUGGAGCGCGGAGGAACCGUCGCCGGUGUCACUAGCGGCAUGGGGGGUUAGCAUUGCUACGACAGCGAUGGGAGCAGGCGCGAGUUCGCCAAGGAAGCAGAAAACCUCGUCCACCAUGGGAACCGUAACACCGGGGCGGAGGAGAGGACAGGCUUCUUGUUCCAGAACCAUCACCACUCCGGGUUCGAGUUCGAGUUCGGCCUCAACGAUACGUCCGCACUACCAACUUCAUUAUAACCCGCAUCAUCACCACCGUCACCAUCACCACCAUCACCACCCCACCUCAUCAAGGUCCCCCGUCACUACCGCCGCCCCCUCCUUCUCCUCGUCCUCGUCAACAUCCUCAUACACCUCCACCCAUCCAACCCUAUCACCAACACUGCCAUACAACACACCAAUAGACUGGAAGGGCAACGCCGCCCGCCGAGCAGAAUACGCCGCGCUCGACCGCCGUCGUCAGGGUGUUACGGGACUCUUCCGGCGUGCCGCCGCCUGCUGCUUCGGCCGUGCCAGGAGCGAGUUCUGGGAGGAGAAGUGUGGCGAUGAUGGGGGUAGUGUGCGGCGCUAUCGCCUUGCAUUACCGGCCGAGGAGGAAGAGGAGGACCCAUCCUCUAAAGGUGCUGGGGAGGGAGGAAGGGGCUAGGACAUGGCAUUGAUUGGGAAGAGGAAGUGGAAGAACUGGGAGUUGAUUGUUUCAUUAUAUCUAUUCAGCGAGGAGUUUGUCUUGUUUUGGGUGAGGAGUUUUUUUCGUUGCAUUUUUGCGUUUCUUUUUUUCCUCCUUGUAUUUUUACACCUUUUGUUUGUUCUUGAUCCGUCGUGGAUUGGAUUGGAUCGGGUGGUCGGGUAGAUUUUUCUUCCAGUCUGUCAUACAGUGUAUGAUGUUUUUCUGUGCAUAUGAUACAUUACUUACUGUACCGUGCCGUACAGUGCGAGUAGAAGUUA